CAAAACCGGAAUUCUGCAAGUCCGAGGGGACUCAGUCGACUUGACGCGAGAGGGUUUUCCCCUCCUCCUCCUCCGUCUUCUCUCUCCUCCCGCGAUUCUAUUAGUACUAUACUACGCCGCUAAUAAUCAGUCGUGCGGCAUCGUCGGCGACCUUGCCGCCGGCGACGCGGUUACACAACUAACCCGGGGCUUUUGAGCUACAGCCUUCUCUCGUGGCUUGUGGGGGAGGGCAUAUCCCCUUCCUCCCUCCCUCUUCGUCGUCGCUGCCCUCUGCUGCGACUGGACUGGCGUGGAGUGGAGAUCCAUCCACCCGCACUUGCCACGAUCUCUUCCUUCCCGUGCCGUUGGUCGCGGAUUUGCUUGCUCUGGUGCGUGCGCCGCCCGGCAACCCAAUCCUGGUUGGGUUCGAUUUGCUUCGCCUUCGUUCGUCUUCAGCGCUUGAGAUCAGUUUAACCGGCGCGGUUUGGUUGUCCGAAGGCUUCUAGAGUCCAAGUGGGACCCCCAUGCCCCAAGUGAAGUCCGGCUACGAUGGCGCCGGCGGGGACUACAUUAAGUGGAUGUGCGGCGCCGCCGGCGGGCGUCCGGGCGGCGCCAUGACCCACCUCCAGCGCGGCGUCGGCUCCCUCGUUCGUGACAUCGGCGACCCCUGCCUCAACCCCUCCCCAGUUAAGGGAAACAGAAUGCUCAAACCAGAAAGAUGGCACGCAUGUUUUGACAGUGAUGGGAAGGCUAUAUGUUUCCGUAAAGCCCUUAAAUUCAUUGUCUUAGGAGGCGUGGAUCCUUCUAUUCGAGCAGAAGUUUGGGAAUUUCUUAUUGGCUGCUAUGCCUUAAGUAGCACGUCGGAGUAUAGGGGAAAACUAAGAGCUGCUCGAAGGGAGAAAUAUCGUUAUUUAAUUAAGCAAUGCCAGAGCAUGCAUACAAGCAUCGGUACAGGUGAGCUUGCAUACUCUGUUGGAUCAAAGCUGAUGGAUGUCAGGACCUUGCCCAAAGAAACUGAAGCUGGAGAAGUCAGCACAAGUCAGCAAGCUGAACAUCAAGUGCCUUGCAGUUCAGCAGAAAAUUCGAAUUCGAUUUAUGGGUCUGGUGGCACAACUCAGCCUCAGAAAAGGAAAAUUUGUAGUAAAUCAGCUGAAACAGUUGGUUUCAAUGAACAUAAUGAUAGCUCUAGAUGUUCUGGAGAUUAUGAUGACAUUGGUGAACCAAGGUAUGACAGUGAGGCCUUCAUCGAUUUUCCUUCCCUAACUGGUACAAACUUGUUCGCAAAUGGUGAUGGGGAUAGCAAUGGAGUUGAAGAAAAUCAUUGCAGUUUCUUGGUUCCUGAAGAUAGGAUAAGGCCUCGUGAUGAACGCAUGCACAGCUUCCAGAUCAAUAAUAACAUAGAUCUCAUAAUAGAGUCAAAUACAUUAUCCAGUGAUAUAUUUCGACCUAGCAGCAGUGACUCAGCCAUCUUUCACUCGGAUGCGUAUAAGCAUGAUAGAUGGUUAGACAAUACUAGCUAUAGUAAAGAAAUUACAGAUUCCUUGAGGAUAUCUGAUGCACCAGAAGCAGAUUUAGUUGAUGGAACCAAAUCAAAUGGUUCAAUAGCUGACAAAGAUAGAGUCUCUGAAUGGCUUUGGACACUGCAUCGAAUUGUGGUUGAUGUGGUGAGAACAGAUAGCCACCUUGAUUUCUAUGGAGAAUCAAGGAAUAUGGCUAGAAUGUCUGAUAUACUUGCUGUUUAUGCAUGGGUUGAUCCUUCCACUGGGUACUGUCAAGGUAUGAGUGAUCUGCUGUCACCUUUUGUUGUCAUAUACGAGGAUGAUGCGGAUGCCUUUUGGUGCUUUGAGAUGCUACUGAGAAGGAUGCGUGAAAAUUUCCAGAUGGAGGGGCCAACAGGAGUUAUGAAGCAAUUGCAAGCAUUGUGGAAGAUCAUGGAACUGACAGAUGUUGAAUUAUUUGAACAUUUGUCAGCAAUUGGUGCUGAAAGCCUUCAUUUUGCUUUUCGGAUGCUGCUAGUGCUUUUUCGUCGAGAGCUGUCUUUUGAGGAAUCACUUUUGAUGUGGGAGAUGAUGUGGGCUGCUGAUUUUGAUGAAGAAGCAGUCAGGCGUUUAGAAGAGAACUGUCUAGAACCAUUGCUAGUAGAUCUGAGCAAUGGCUUGUCAUGUGAAGUCAAAGAAGUGCAUCGGACCAACAGUUCCACAAGAAGAAAACCCAAGACCAGGAAAUCCCAUCUUAGAAAUGGUGAAAUAUGUGGAGCUUGCCACCCUGGAAUGAAAUCCAGUACAAGAAAUCAUCUCUGUGGCUUGUCAGGUGCUACAAUAUGGGCAAGGCCUCAGAUGCCACAUCCAAGUGCAAAUGUGCUACCAAAGAGUGGAGAUUACGAACUGCCUAUAUUCUGUGUGGCGGCAAUCUUGAUAAUCAAUCGCCACAAGAUAAUAAGAGGGACUCGCUCAAUAGAUGAUGCAAUCAAGAUGUUCAAUGAUAAUGUGCUCAAAAUAAAUGUAAAAAGAUGCGUACGCUUGGCCAUCAAGCUGAGGAAGAAGUACUUGUACAAGUCAUUGAAAGGAGGCUCUAGUGAUGAUAAAGAAAGUUGAAGAGCCUGCAUUUCCCAUGUAGGGAAAAAAAAACUAGAUAUUUCUCCAUCAUGCAUUGCUAUCUAGGUGUGGUGGAGCAGUAUUGACCUGAAGUCUGGUACAUCUCCAAGAUCCGGCAGUAUUCAGGAUUGCAAGGAAAUCUGUACAUAUUAUACUUGAAAACAACAGAUGAAGCUGUGGAAGUAAAGAAAAGAGAUCAAUUCCACCGAAUGUCUGUAUUUCUGGUGUUGUCAUUGUUUUUACUGUUCCCAUUUGGCAGGGUCCCAUACUCCCAUGUCCUCUAUGAUUUUGUAUUUAUCGAUCUCGAGGUUUGAGUGGGGUGUAGCCUGUUCAUGGCAUGCCAACCACGCCUAAUAAGAAUGAAAAGAAAGAGGUAGAUUUGUACACAAUAUGAGCGGAGCAAUGCAUUCUUUGGAGCAAGACACGUGUUGAAACGGUGAUGUUUUUCCAACCUUUGUAUAUAAACCCAAAUGAGCCAUUUUCUUCUGGCAUGCGAUCCUAUCGAUGUUUUAAA